UGUUUGUAAACGCGCCGCUUGUUGCCAACUUCAUUUUAGUCACUUUAUUUGGUGGCUGUUGGUUUGCGGGCGAAAAUAUCGUUAAAAAUCUUCGUCAUCAGCAGUUAAUUUACAAAGUGACACUAUGAGUUCUGGAAUGCCUGAAUUGGGCUCCAAGAUAAGCCUAAUAUCGAAAGCUGACAUCCGUUACGAAGGCCGACUCUUCACCGUCGAUCCUCAGGAAUGUACCAUCGCUUUAGCUAGCGUGCGAUCAUUUGGCACUGAGGACCGUGAGACUCAGUAUCCAGUGGCCCCUCAAAGCCAGGUGUAUGAUUACAUCUUAUUCAGGGGCUCUGAUAUCAAGGAUAUACAAAUUCUCAAGAAUGUGCCUUCUCUGCCAAAUGACCCGGCAAUCGUGCAGAUGUCUGUUCCACCAUCCCUUGGGAGUGGGGGACAGGGACAAUUUACCGGACAAUAUAACCAUCCAGUGGUGGGGCAGACGCCGUAUCCCCAAUAUCAUCCGAUGGGUGGUUUUCCUGGCAGUGUGCACCCUCAACUCAGCAAGACGAGUGAGUUAUCCCCACAAACAUCAGUGGACCUGACCCCACAACACCAGCCUGUGACAGCUCCUAUUGGAUCUGGAGUGGUACACCAUGCCAACCAAGUGAAAGACCAAGGUUCAAUGCUUGACUUGAUUGGAGGAGGAUCCCAGCAAAGUACAUCUCGUUCGGGCACCCCGGCUGCAGUUGGGCACAGGAAGAGCCCCACAAUUGAUCAAGGCACUCAGGCUGGAUCUGGUGCAAGUGGUUCCGGCCAACGCGACAGCCGUCGCACUAGCACAGGCAACGGUAACAAGGCCCCUGGGACGCAAUCCCGAGCGAGGCCCACUUCGCGCAACCGCCAGCGUGCGACCAGCGGUUCCAUGCCAACGCCUCAGCCCCACCAGAACCAGCAUCAGAACCAGCACCCUCACCAGAAUCAACACCCCCACCAGAACCAACACCCCCACCAGAACCAACAUCCUCACCAGAACCAGCAUCCUCACCAGAAUCAGCAUCCUCACCAGAACCAGCACCCUCACCAGAAUCAGCACCCUCACCAGAAUCAGCACCCGCAUCAUAAUCACCAGCCCGGUGAGCGUGUAGAAAUGCAAAACUACAACCGCGGAGGCUGGAGAGGAAGGUCUCGCGGUCGCGGUCGUGGUUUCAUCCCGAGGAACAAGAACACUCUGAAGUUUGACAAUGACUAUGACUUUGAGCAGGCUAACACUGAGUUUGAGGAACUUCGCAUCCAACUUGCCAAGGCUAAAAUAGCUGAUGGUGAAGUUGUCAAGGUUGAGGUGUUGGAGGGUACAAAUACAAACGAAAAUUUCCAAGGAGAAGUGGACAAGAAAGAUGAUUCUGGCAAUGAGACGGGUGCUGGUGAAGCGGAACUGGAGGAUGAUGGCUUCACUGGAUACGACAAAAAGAAGAGCUUUUUUGACAACAUCUCUUGCGAAGCUGUGGAGAGGUCAAAGGGUCGCAGCCAGCGAACAGACUGGCGGACGGAACGCAAGCUGAACUCUGAGACGUUUGGCGUGGCGUCAGCUAGGCGUGGCGCGUGGCGUCCUCGCGCCACUUGGCGCCACAUGCCCUCGCACCACAACCCGCACCCGCACAUGGCGCCGCACCACCCUAUGUCUUACUUCCCCAGCUGGCGGCCGAUGCGUGGUGGACGUGGGCGGCCCAACAACAUGGGCAACAACAACAAUAUGCGCCGCAACAACAACCCCUCCUCCGCACCGCAACAACAACCACCCCAACCACAGCCCGUCUCCGCUGCAGCCAAGUAGGAGAUAAGUGACAUGAAGAAGAGUGAAUCUUAAUUUAUUAUCGCAAAGACUAAUCACAAAUGGAUAAGUAACGGAAAAGUGUAUGCUGGUGAUAAAAAAGUAAAGUUUGUAAUUAUUUGUUUCAAAUCUGUAACGUGGGAAGAAUUAACUCGGGGAGGAUUUACGUGAUGGACAUUGUUUUGGUGUGAUAGUGUUUGUAUCCAGUAUAUGGAAGGUGAUAGAUAGAUGGCAAUUCCCCACAAAUCCAGAAAGGAUGUGUUUCUUCGUCCAGAAGAUGUUAAGUGUACAGUAGGUUGGCUGAUUGUUAGUGAUUGGGCUGUUAACAACCUGUUUAUGUAAUGUGUCGAUCUGUAUGUAUUAAGAGUUAAACACAAAUUCGGGUCGGCAAUAUUUGUUUAAAAACAAUGUAAGAGAAAAAGCUUGGCUUGUGCCGAUCGGCAAAACCCGUGUACUCAAAAGCUUGGGUCGACACUUUCGAGUUAUACUGAACCGAGUAUGUGCGUCUAUUUUCUCGAAUAUACAUGACUCGAGUCCUAUUUACUCGGCUUUGCCGAUUCUUGCCGAUCCGCAUGUGUUAAAGUACUCCUUAACUGAAAUAUCUGUUGACCUAGCUUGGUUCUUAUUUGUCCGCAGAUAUUUUGGUCGGGCUAUAUAUCUAAUGUAAUAAUGUUGCGUGACUAUCUUCCUUUUUCUAAUCUGGCUUAACAUGCAUUGGUGUCAUAGCAUUCGUUUUAAAUGGCUGAAUUUGUGGUACUCUUGUUGAAACUGUAUUUCAUUUUGUUGUUAGAAAGAGUGGCCAGGUCUGCGAGAUUGUGACUGUAUUUAUUGCGUAAGUUGGAGUAUAAAUAUGAGUUUAAACUCCUAAAUACAUUGAGUGAUAUAAAAUUUGGUCUGACAAUGCACAUAUCACAUUAUCAGAUCCAGAAGCAUACCAUUCUUACAUAAGAAUGCUCAUGUAAAUGGGUAAUCAUUAUGGCCAUUGCACAUCACAUUACCUGAAUACAAACUCAACUAAAUUAAAGCAUUGAAGUGGGCUUUGUAAUGUGAUAUAUAUAUAUAUUUUGGUACCAGUAGUAACAUACAAAAUAUUGAAAUGUUUCCUUUUUGUUAUGCUUUAAUUACAGCCAGAGUUGAUUUUAAGUGUGAUGGUAUUGUCAAAGGCCAUAAACAGGGCUGCUAGAGUUUAACAAUGAAAAAGAAUCCUUAACUAGGAGAACUACAAGGCCUUAGUGUGGUAUUUCAUGAGACAUAUUCAUACAAAAAUAUCGGCCUCUGGUUGCCUGUCUGUAUGCUUCAAGGUUUUUAGUGUUGGCUCAGAAAUGUGAACAUAGUUAGCAGCGUUAUUAAAUUAGUCACAUUGUAGGCUCAAUUAUGUGAUAAAGGUUGUCCAAAGUUUAUCAUAUAAUUAAUGUUGCCUUUUAUUAAAAAAAAAACGAAAUAGGGAGCCCUGCAAUUGUAUAAUUUAAAAAAAAAACUAUUUAUGUGAAUAUGUUACAUCUGAGCGAUUCAUAUAUACCCUUUUCACCUAUUACGCGCAUAUGUGCCUAUUGAAAAAUUAACAAGAUUAGAUUUUUAAAAUAUUUUUUGUUUGUUAUUGUUUCCAAUGUGUCAUUGCGCUUUAUUAUUACUUGGACCUUGGCCAUGAUUCUUUAUUACCAUUUGAAUCUUAACUUUGUACCGUAUGCUUUUUGUGACAUACAUUUUGACUUUUCUUUCCUUUAGUUUUUUACAUCCCGAAUUGUAGUUAAGUUUGAAUACUAACAGAGAAUCAAGGUCUUGCCAAUGAGUGUGAGUUCUUGCACAUACAACCUAUUUUAAUCGGACAGAAAUAUAAAUCAGCCGAUUUCUCCUGUCGUGUCGGAAAAAUUGAAUCUGGACGGUAAAUUAUAUUUUCAGUAAGCUGGAUUUAUGUAGGAAUGUUUAAGUAGUAAAAUAUUUGUACCAAGUUUCAUUUUCACCGACUUGUCAGGCCGAUUACAUAAUGGGUAGUCUGUGAUGGGCUUUACAGCUAGCAAUGACACAGUGGACGAUGUAAGAGCAGUCCUACUAGAUUAUAGUGAAAAUUGAGCUUAUAGCAAUACUAUUGAGCUAGUUGGUUCAUAUCUACCAGGCAGGUAUCGGUUCUAGAUAAAUUAAAAUUUAGCGCCCCUACAGACAUCGUAUCAGCCAAUUAUUUAGUUGGUAGCUCAAGAGAUGAAGAUAGUGCCUGAAAUGAUUAUUUGUUCCUAUAAUAUUAUACAUAUAUGUUUGAAAAGACCUUUCCAUUCAACGCAAUUGUACACAAGGGCAAAUCCAUAUUAAAGCCAUAGCAGAAUAUUUAAAAGCCCUCUUGAAUGGCUUGGUUCAAAGUUAAAGCACAAGUAAUUGAUUUGGAUUAGCUCUGUUCAUACAGUGAAUAACUUAUUGGCUUGGAAGCUAGUACACAAUGGGUGUAAAAGCGUUCAUUAUAAUUCAUAUCAUUUUUCUUUGACAUAAUAUUAGUGCAAAAAACAUAUUAUGCACAUUUAAUAUCAACGUUGGUAGUGAAAUAAUAAAUUAAUAAAAUAAAGUACAGUGUAGUUACUUUAGAGAAGCAUAAAAAUAUCUGAAUUGUAUGCCCUCAAAUACCAAUUUGACGGACCGCGUAUUCAUUACGCUCUUGAGAUACCUAUAUGUAUUUAUGUUAUUGUACAUACCAUAAUGCACUGUACAUGGAUUCUGCAUACUUCAUUUAUUAUUAUAAAUUAAAGCGGUAAUAAAUAAAUAUUGUUAAAUUUGUAUGCUUGUACCUCAACACUGCCUCUCUAAUGAAAAAGGCGGCUUUUUGACAUUUUCCUAAAACUGAAUUUCUUACCUUUUGCAAAUGCAGGACAAGUUUGAAACUCAGUUUUAGCAGUGUCAAAAAAUCUCCUUUUUCAUUAGGUAGUAGGUCAUUAUUUUUGUACGAGGUUCAAAUGCAGUCCAUUGUGUACUAGCUCUUAUGCAUUGUUUCAGCAAUACCACUAGCGGCAUGUGUACCAAUAGUGGCAUUGUGUAAGUGUUCCUUAAGGCUAUAUUCACGCAACGUUCGUAUAAACUGUUGAUAAACUGAACUGUUGAAGCACGUCCGUGCUGUGAUGCCGUGCGAACCGAAAUACAGCAUAAAAAAAUAAAAAUUGGGUACUAUUGUGAAUUCAUUGUUACUCAACUGAGUUUUGGGUGUGAAGGCCAAUAAAGCUGUCUGUAGUUUACCGGCGUUGUUUGUUGUGCAACUUGCUCUAAGUGUUUUAGCUCGAAAUUUAAAGAAAGUAAAUCUACGACUUAUUGUGAUUUUAUUGACUGUCAUUUUUUAUUGUUAGUUGUAGAGUAAUGAAAUGUGAUAGUAGGACUGCUGGUGCGGAUCCUCUGGCAGUCUCUGAUUGUAUUUCGCAUUGUAGUAUGAAGAUUUGUUAAUACUGUAUAGGGUUGUGGCUGCUAUGAGGAUAACUGCCAGGGGGGGUAAUUGCGUAAACGAAUCGCGAUCACAAUCGCUUUUUUAAUUCAUAACUUGUAUGAAUUCGAAUGGUCCCUUUAUAUGUAUAAAUAUAAAAGAUAUACACUAAAAAGGGAGAUGAUGCGCAACUACUUCCCCAUAGUGACCUGCAGCAGAUGUGAAUUGAACACACAAAUUUUAGUGUAUUUGUUAAAAAAAGUUCUUUGAUUUCUCACAACAGUUAUAAUGUAAAGUACAUUUUAAAUUCGUAUCCACUAAACGUCCCAUUUGAAAGUAAUAUUGUGUGGAUAUUUAAAAUAAAUUUUUGACAAAUACGAUAUAUUUGUAAAAUCACUCAAAAACAGUACCUGGCAAUUGUAUUAAAAACUAAAAUAUACAUUUACUACAAAUCUUCCAGAUGGCUAUUUGAUUAAAAAAUCUUUUAUUUUACUUU